CACGCGACCGCUUCUGGUAAAUGCUGAACGCUGCUGGGAGCUGGCUGGGUUAUUCAUAACCUCCCCUGCUUUGGGCUACAGAGCAGAAGUCGGAGAUAUACUGGGAAGAGAAGAUGGCGUGGGAUCCACCCUUGCAGCAUCCUCUUUCCUGGGCGAGGUCUUCCUCCCUCUUCUUGUCCUGCUCGAGAGCUGCCGUGGCACAGUUAAUCGAGGCCACCACAGAACCCCCAAAAAAGAAACCGGACCCUGUCACUUCAGAGACGGUGGUGAUCUGGGGGCUGCGCCUCUGGCAGGUGAUUGGUAUCUUUGCCAUCUUUGUCCUGGCAGUCAUUAUCACGCUGUGCUGUAUCUUCAAGUGCCGGAUUCCCCGGACAAAGAAAGAGAUUGAGGCACGAUAUGCUCAACGGCAAGCAGCCAAGACAUAUGCAGACAAACUGGAGACUGUGCCACCACUGAACGAGCUGACAGAGAUCCCUGGAGGCUCUACUGAAACUCUCCUAACUCUCUCUGGUCAUGUCCAGUCCAGACCUCUCAACUCCCUGCCUGUGGUGAAAGAAGAAGAUGAAAUGGCCCUUCAAGGAAAUUAGGGGACUGCCUUCCUGUCUGUCUGUCUAUGGCUUCUCUUUUCUGAUGAGAUCCAUCAUACCUUGGACUCUCUGCUUCUCAGUUCCCUUUCUGCAUUUGACCUCUGUUUUCUCAAUACCUUUUUAUGAACUUUUUUUCUCUUUCCUGUGUCUCUGCAAGCUCUGUGAUCUACAGCUUUGUAGCAACUGGAAGUUUCCUUAACUCAAAAUGUGAUGCUUCUCUCCAUGAAGGCCAGGCUGGAUGGGGCUUUGAGCAACCUGGUCUAGUGGAAGGUGUCCCUGCCCAUGGCAGGGGGUUGGAACUACAUGAUCUUUAAGGUCCCUUCCAACCCAAACCAUUCCAUGAUUCUAUGGUUCUAUGAAACUGGUGAAAGAGGCAGAUAACAUAAUUGUAGGAAUUUAGUUGUACACCAGCAAAAUACAGAACUAAGUGCUUAACAGUAGGAACUUGCACAUACCUCAGUAUUUCAGAGGUGUUCAGACAUCUGAUUAUACUUACACUAUAAACUGAGGGUGGCCAGACCACUCUCUGGAGCUGAACCCAAUUGGCAUGAAUAAGCCCUUGUCCGUACAGUUAAAUUCUCUUAACUUACUUUAAAGUCAAAGGUCAUCCAAAGGCCUAGUUAAUGCACUCUUACGUGUAUGAGCAAUCACACAUGGAAGUGCUUCGUAUUGUGUCCUUCAAUUUCCUGCCCAAAAGACCAAACUCUGACUCUGUAAGGAGCAGCUAUCAGUAGAUCCCAGAGGGUGUAAAGGAUCAUGCCUGUAGAUAGCAGAAAGCCAAAUUCACUCAUUUGCUGCUGCAUCCUCUUCCUGUCUAGCUGUUACUUCUGGAAAACCAAUAAAUUAAGGAUGAGAAUAUCCAGAAGAGCCAGAAAGGGUAUUUGGGCAGCAGAAUGGCCAUUUCACCCCUGAAUGCUAAUAAAUUUUGAUGUCCUGUAAGCAGCCUUUACAUCCCACAAACACGUACAUGUACUCCAUUCAAAAGCUGGCUAUUUUGCUGUAGGUUUAAUCAGACUGUGGUAAAUUAUUGCAGCAUGAACUCAUGAAUAAAUUACCAUAAGAAAGCAAUUUAUGGGAAGUCAGCUGCACCAUAAAGACUACCUUAAACUUUUAUCCAGUUAAAUGUAUAAGUUGAGUAGUUGACCACCCUUUAACCUUUGAGAAUCCUAGAAUUAUGGUCCUGGCAUGAUGCAGGGUAGGUGGCUGGUGGAUAACAUGUUGCUGAGUGGCUGCUGAUAUCUGGUAAUGGCUCGUGAAUAUGUGUUCUCUGAAGCUCCUAGUCCUCUAGGACUAGGCAGAUAUAAAUCUGCCCAAGUUGUCCUGAAGGAAUUACUACUGGGGUGGGAGUCAUCUGUCCACCAGUACAUUAUCCACACCUACGGAGAAGUCUGCAUCAGCACUAGUUGUCUAGACUUUAUCCCUUCCUCCAGGGUGGAAAAUAAAAAAGGAUGUGAUUCCUUUCAUGGUAGGGGCGGUGCUAAAGUGGAAGAGGUAAAUUGUGCCUUAAAAAUGCCUGUAUGUCUCCAACCUUGGGGACUCAAAAGGACUGACUCAGCCAUCAGCACCUAAACUGUUAGAUGCAAAAGCUAUGUGUGAUUAAACCCAGUGGUUUGCCCUUCUUCUGAGAUUAGUGUGCAUCCUGUCCCCAAAAAAGUUUCACUACAUGAUUUAGGCAUUGCAAUGGAAAGUAUGCAAACCUUUGGGCUUCAUCUCUGUGCUGUUAUUUUCAUCUGUACAGAGUGUGAUGCUUGCCAUGUUGCCCCACUGACAUUUGGCAACCGACCUUGAUUUACGCAGUCAUGAAAUAUAAUGUAUGUGUCGACUAUUUAUAUACUUAUACUGUGACAACCCCUCGUAGACCCAGUCAAGGCCAGAGUGAUGACUUGAGUGAUUUUAAUUACUGAGUGGCCAUUAAAUGCUUUAAAGAAAGAUUUCUGUAAGUGUCAAAUACUGUUAAUCAUGAAUAUAUACAAUGCUUAAAUACUCUAAUUUCUUGGCAUUAUUUUACCCUACUUCACAUUUAUUAUGGUGGAAUAUUCUAACUGCCAAAUGGG